AUGGUCAGUGACUUUCCCGCGGGAAACCUUUUUCGACGGGACGACUACAAAACACAAAACGAAGUUGCUUGGUGCUUGGUGCUUGUUCUCAGCGCCUUUUCAAUUUCGAGAGUUAGUCUGGACUCUGCAGAGUCCUGGAGAGUCAAAAUGGUCUACGACACCACGAACUUCUGGUCCCGAGCCGACAAAUAUGUCAUGAACACCGGGGCCCCUUUCUUGCCGACAGUCAUCACUCGAGCCGAGGGCACAAUGCUCUAUGAUGUCGACAACAAAGCCAUCAUUGACUUCACAUCCGGUCAGAUGAGUGCGAGCCUUGGCCAUUGUCAUCCCGAGAUCACCGAAGUGGUGAAGAAGUAUGCUGGGGAAAUCGACCAUACGAAUAGCCAAAUGAUUUCUAUGCCGGUGGUUGACCUCGCCGAGAGCCUGGCGCAACUACUUCCAGCGCCUCUGGAGAAGUCGUUCUUUCUCUCCACCGGCUCCGAGUCGGUCGAAGCUGCCAUCACCAUAGCGAAGCGCGCCAGCGGAAAGUUUGAAAUCGUAGCUUUCUCAUCAAGUUACCACGGCGUAACCCACGGGGUUGCCUCGGCCACAUACUGUAUGGGUCGCAAACAUGCCAGUCCUAUCAUGCCGGGCCAGUUGGCCUUUCCAGCUCCCAAUGCCUCCAGUUCGCCUUUCAGGAAACCCGACGGUAGUUAUGACUGGGAGACCGAGAUGAGCUUUGGCUGGAGUAUGAUCGACCAACAGUCUGUGGGAUCUCUCGCUGCAUUUGUUUUUGAGCCCAUCCUUUCCGCCGGCGGCAUCCUCGACCCGCCCAAGGGGUAUCUCAAGCGGCUGAGCAUCGAGUGUAAGCGGCGGGGCAUGCUGCUGAUCGCAGACGAGGCACAGACAGGGCUUGGCCGGACGGGAUACAUGUUUGGAUGCCAGCGAGACGAAAUCGUGCCUGACAUUCUCGCAUUGUCCAAGUCCCUUGGAUGCGGUCUGGCUUUGUCUUCCGUCAGCACGACUGCUGAGAUAGCGAGGCUCGCCGCGGAACACGGAUUUAUCUGGGUCACCACACACCAGAACGACCCUUUGCCUGCUGCAGUGGGAUGCAAGGUGCUUGAAAUCGUACGACGAGAUGACCUGCCCCGGCGGGCUAUGGAGCGGGGAAACCAGCUGCGUGAAGGUCUCCUACGUCUCAAGGAUAAAUACUGGUGUGUUGGCGAAAUCCGCGGCCGCGGUCUGUUGGUAGGCAUGGAGGUCCUUUCCGACCCAAUCGCAAAGACUCAAAGCGCCGAACUAGGAGUCAUGGUCUGCGAGAAGGCGCUUCAGCUUGGGCUUUCGUGCCAGAUCAUGGCCAUUCCUGGAGCGGCAGGUCUAUUCAGGAUAGCACCGCCAUUGACUGUCUCUGCAGAGGAGAUUGAGGAGGCACUUCUGAUCAUGGACCAGGCAUUGGCCGCGGUACUUUCUGCAAAGGCCUACCAGAGCGAUGCCAAUACCGCUGAAGCUCACCUCUAG